AUGUCACAAACACUUACUCAGCCCUCCUCAGAUAUAAAAAAGCCGGGAGAAAGUGUGAAGAUGUCCUGUGUAGGAUCUGGAUUCAGAUUGCUGACACCUAUAUAA